CAAGUUCUUCAUAAUCUCCAACCCAAUCCGUUCCACCUCCACACUCAACCAGGCCAUGGCUUCCACCGCUCUCUUCACCUCCUUCGCCGGCCUCCGCCCGCUCAAGCCCAUCGACUCCCUCCGGUGUUCCCAAACCCGGUCCUUCCCCGUCCAGUCGAUCCGCCGGCCGGGAGCGGCGGUCCGGGCGGAGCUGAGCGCGCCGUUGGUGAUCAGCCUCAGCACGGGGCUGUCGCUCUUCCUCGGCCGCUUCGUCUUCUUCGGCUUCCAGCGCGAGAACGUGGCGAAGCAGGUGCCGAAGCAGAACGGGAUACCGCACUUCGAGGCCGGCGACGAGCGGGCCAAGGAGUUCGACGGCCUGCUCAAGUCCAACGACCCGGUCGGGUUCAACCUAGUCGAUGUGCUCAUGUGGGGGUCGAUGGGCCACUUCGUCGCCUACUACAUCCUCGCCACCACCAGCAACGGCUACAAUCCCAAUUUCUUUUGACUGAUCGAAUCGAUCGUCGAAUCAUGUGUCGCAUCGAUGCGUUUAUGUAUGUGUACAUUUUAUUUUCAUGAAUAUAUAUGAUGGGAUUGCGUGGCCA